GGCAGCGAGGCCAGGACCAGCCGUCCGGGGCCAGGUGGGAAUAGGGGCAGUGAUUCAACACGUGGCUGACGCGGGUUAGGCGCCGUUUAAUUUUCAACCGCAGGAGGAGACCGCAAACAUGGUGCUCAGUAGUUUGGGUAAGAUGAUCGAACUCCAGAAGAACACAGCCAACAUCCGGAACAUCUGUAUCCUGGCACACGUGGACCACGGGAAAACCACCCUGGCUGACUGUCUUAUAUCGAGCAAUGGGAUUAUCUCCAGCCGUCUGGCAGGAAAGCUGAGAUACAUGGAUAGUCGAGAAGAUGAGCAGGUCCGCGGAAUCACCAUGAAAUCCAGUGCCAUUUCCCUGCACUAUGAAAAAGAUGCCCAGGAGUAUCUCAUUAAUCUAAUCGACUCCCCGGGACACGUGGAUUUCUCCUCCGAAGUGUCCACCGCCGUGCGAAUCUGCGACGGGUGCAUCAUUGUGGUGGAUGCAGUGGAAGGCGUCUGCCCUCAGACGCAAGCAGUUCUGCGCCAGGCCUGGCUCGAAAACAUCCGCCCAGUCUUAGUGAUAAAUAAAAUUGACCGCUUGAUUCUUGAACUGAAAUUCACUCCCCAGGAAGCGUAUUCUCACCUCAAGAAUAUAUUAGAACAGGUCAACGCGCUCACCGGCGCCCUGUUCACGUCGAAAGUCCUGGAGGAACGAGCGGAGCGGGAUGCGGAAGCCCAGGGGGGAGUUGGCCCCGCUCCGGGGGAGCAGCUGUACGACUGGAGUGCGGGCCUGGAGAAUACUGACGAUUCCCACCUGUACUUCUCCCCGGAGCAAGGCAGCGUGGUGUUUGCCAGCGCCCUGGACGGCUGGGGCUUCGGAAUUGAGCAUUUUGCCAGAUUAUACAGCCAAAAACUUGGAAUCAAGAUGGAAGUUCUUUUGAAGACUCUCUGGGGAGAUUACUACCUAAACACAAAGGCCAAGAAGAUAAUGAAGGGGGACCAGACAAAAGGAAAGAAGCCUUUGUUUGUGCAGUUGGUGCUGGAAAAUAUCUGGAGCCUGUAUGAUGCGUGUUUGAAAAAGGACAAAGAAAAAAUGGAUAAAAUAAUGAGUUUGCUUGGAUUGAAGAUGGGCAUCCGGGAAGCUCGUCAUGCAGACCCUAAAGUCCAGAUCAAUGCCAUCUGCAGUCAGUGGCUCCCCAUCUCCCAAGCCGUCCUCUCCAUGGUCUGUCAGAAACUUCCUAGCCCUCUGGAGAUCACGGCAGAGAGGGUGGAGAGGCUGAUGUGUACUGGAGCCCGGACCUUUGAAUCGCUCCCACCGGAAACUCAGGAAAUGAAAGAUGCUUUUAUGAAAUGUGGAAGUGAAGAGACGGCUCCAGUCAUCAUCUUUGUCUCAAAAAUGUUUGCCGUGGACGCAAAGUCGUUGCCCAAGAACAAGCCAAGGCCCCUGACUCCAGAGGAAAUUGCGCAGAGGCGAGAGCUUGCCCGGCAAAGGCACGCGGAAAAGCUGGCCGCGGCUCAGGACCAAGCCCCCUCGGCCCCCAGGGGCCACGCGUCGGAAUCGACUGCAAGGGACAACGCCACAAAAGGUGCCGAGCUGCAGCUCCCUGACCAGAUGGAGAGCUUGACCCUCAAACCAGGGGAGCAGGAAGCUGACAACAAAGAGUCUUUCAUCGCUUUUGCUCGAGUAUUCAGCGGGGUGGUGCGCAAAGGGCAAAAGAUUUUCGUCCUGGGGCCCAAAUACGAUCCUGCUGAAUUUUUGCAGAAGGUACCGUCAGGCAGCAGGACGUGCCACGACGAACUUCCUCCGGUGCCCCACCUGGCAUGCUGCACCCUCGAGAGCCUGUACCUGCUGAUGGGAAGGGAUCUGGAGGACCUCCAGGAAGUGCCCCCAGGCAACGUGCUCGGGAUAGGAGGCCUGCAGGAGUUCGUCCUCAAAUCUGCCACCCUGUCUACGUCUCCGUCCUGCUCCCCUUUUAUACCGCUCAACUUUGAGGCCACGCCUAUUGUCCGAGUUGCCAUCGAACCAAAGCAUCCAAGCGAGAUGCCCCAGCUGGUCAGAGGCAUGAAGCUUUUAAACCAGGCCGAUCCUUGUGUCCAGGUGCUGAUCCAGGAGACAGGAGAGCACGUGCUGGUCACUGCCGGCGAGGUCCACCUGCAACGCUGCCUGGAUGACUUGAAGGAGAGGUUCGCCAAGAUUCAAAUCAGCGUCUCGGAGCCGAUCAUCCCGUUCCGCGAGACCAUCACGAGGCCCCCCAGGGUGGACAUGGUGAACGAAGAGAUCGGCAAGCAGCAGAAAGUGGCCGUCAUCCACCAGGCCCGAGAAGACCAAAGCAAAACCCCCGAAGGGGUCCAGGUGGACCCGGACGGACUGGUCACCCUCACCACCCCAAACAAGCUGGCCACCCUGAGCGUCCGGGCCGUCCCUCUCCCCGAGGAAGUCACCCGGCUCCUGGAGGAACACGGGGACCUGAUGCGCUCCAUGGAGCAGCUCAAUUCCUCCCUGAACGAGGGCACGGGCACCCGGCCCGUUGACCCGAAGACCCGGGACCGGAUCCAGGAGCUCAAGCACCAGCUGGAGCAGAACCUGCCGGGGCGGAAGUGGCGGAACACCGUGGACCAGAUCUGGUCGUUCGGCCCCCGGAAGUGCGGGCCGAACAUCCUAGUGAACAAGUGGGAGGCGGAUGAGUUCAAGAGGUCCGUGUGGCAGUGCCUGGAGGGCCACGCCGCCAAGGAAGCGAGCGCCCACCGCGAUUUGGCCAAUAGCGUCGUGAGCGGCUUCCAGCUGGCCACCCUUUCGGGCCCCAUGUGCGAGGAGCCUCUCAUGGGCGUCUGCUUUUUCCUGGAGAAAUGGGAUCUGAGCCAGACCCGGGGACAUAAAUCCCCGGGCGAUGGGGAUCAGGCAGAAGCCGAGGGGGCCGGAGAGGGAGCAGCGGGCCCCGGGGGCGGUGACCCCAACCCCUCCGGCAGAGAAGGCCGUAACGGUUGCCUGGGGCCCUCAGAGCGGGAUGAGCGGCGGAAGGUCGAAGGGCCGGUGGUGGACUGCUACGGCCCGUUCUCCGGCCAGCUGAUCGCCACCAUGAAGGAGGCGUGCCGGUUUGCCCUGCAGGCGAAGCCCCAGCGGCUCAUGGCAGCGAUGUACACGUGCGACAUCAUGGCCACGGGGGAUGUCCUGGGCCGGGUGUACGCCGUCCUGUCCAAGAGAGAGGGCCGAGUGCUGCAAGAGGAGAUGAAAGAAGGGACGGACAUGUUCAUCAUCAAGGCGGUGCUGCCCGUGGCCGAGAGCUUCGGCUUUGCCGACGAGAUCCGGAAGAGGACCAGCGGCCUGGCGAGCCCGCAGCUGGUGUUCAGCCACUGGGAGGUCAUUCCCAGUGACCCUUUCUGGGUCCCCACCACUGAGGAGGAGUACCUCCACUUUGGGGAGAAGGCCGACUCGGAAAACCAAGCCCGCAAGUACAUGAACUCCGUGAGGAAGCGGAAAGGACUGUACGUCGAAGAAAAGAUCGUCGAGCACGCGGAGAAGCAGCGGACGCUUGGCAGAAAUAAGUAACGGUACCACUGCCGCCUCCAAUGCCUCUCCCCCUUCAGAGCCCGCACUCGGGCCUCGGGAGCUGCCGUUUUUCUCUCCACCAUCCCUGGGGGCCCGUGGUUUUGGGGAGUAGGAAAUUCUGGAUGCUGGGGUUUUCUGAGGCUCGGUCUGAAUAAAGUUGGGUCCAUUCAGCCUUUUAAACGAAUCGCAGCGAUCCUCAUUUCAGAGCCGGACAAGCGGGAAUCCCACGCCCCUGUGCGUUUUGGAUUUUAGAGAAGGAUCAAAGUCAAGGGCCUGUGGUUUUAAGUGAUGCUUGGGAAACUCUCUCUAUCCUUCUGUCAAAGAGGAAUUUCAACCAGCGGGGCCCAACUCAGAGGUCCUCAUUGGACAAGCGAUGGACCAGGCAUCCGAAACUCCUGGAACCUGGGGAAAAAGAAAAAUCACCGUUUCAAAAGGGAGAGAGCCAUUGAACUCGAACGGACUCACUGGUGUUUCUGACGGUGUAAUGUCGGUUUGGGGGGAGAGUAAUGUGAAGUUAGAUGAUCUUUUAUUCAUUUAAAUUACAGUUAUCAGGCU